AUGGAGAAGGCCAUGGACGCGAAGACAGAGAUGGCUCCGGCCUACGACAACGACCCUCACAAGGCUGUCGACGUCAAGAACGCUGCCUACGGAGAGGCCGCUGACAUCUACGGCGAUGCUGAGGCUGCUGAGCGAUACGGCUAUGUCGCCAGAGGAUUGAAAUCUCGACACAUCCAGUUCAUCGCCCUCGGUGGAACUAUCGGUACUGGUCUCUUCCUGGGUAUCGGGCGAGCGCUCACCCAGGGUGGUCCGCUCUCUCUGCUGCUCGGCUACACCUUUGUCGGUCUCGCGAUCUUCGCCAUGAUGAUGUCCCUUGGUGAGAUGGCUACCUGGCUGCCACUGCCCGGUGCCAUUCCCCAGUUCUGCGCCAGAUACGUCGAUGGCGCUGUCGGUUUCGCUGUCGGAUGGAACAUUUGGUAUCAAUGCGCAAUCACGCUCUGUGUCGAAAUCUCUGCAGCCGCCGUCAUCAUCCAGUACUGGCCGGGAUCGCGAGACAUCAACGUCGCUGCUUGGAUCGGCCUCGUCACCGCGAUCAUCCUCUUCCUCAACGUCUGGGCUGUCUCCGUCUACGGUGAAGCCGAGUUCAUCUUCGCUAGUAUCAAGAUCAUCGCCAUCGUCGGCCUGCUGCUGAUGUCCCUCAUCGUCGACCUCGGCGGCAGUCCUACUGGCGACCGCAUCGGCUUCAGGUACUGGAAGAACCCCGGCGCCAUGAACGAGUACUUCGGCACUGGGGACAAGGGACGCUUCCUCGGUUUCUUCUCGACUCUCGUCAACGCUGCCUUCUCCUUCGGUGGUGUCGAGUCCGUCGCCUGUGCCGCCGGUGAGGCUGAGAACCCGCGCAAGAACAUCCCCAAGGCCGUCAAGCGAGUCUUCUGGCGUAUUCUCUUCUUCUACGUCCUCGGUGCCCUCUUCAUCGGCAUGCUCGUGCCAUACGACGACGACAAGCUGCUCAGUGCCCAGAAGAACGGCGAACCCGGUGCCGCUGCCUCUCCCUGGGUCAUCGCCAUCCAGCGCGCCACCAUCCCCGUCCUGCCUUCCAUCAUCAACGCCGUCAUCCUCACCUCGGCCACCUCCUCCGGUAACGCCUUCUUGUACACCGGCUCCAGAUAUCUCUUUAGUCUCGCCCAGAACCGACAGGCUCCUCGGUUCCUCCUCCAGUGCACCAAGGCGGGUGUCCCAAUCUAUGCCGUCCUCGUCACUGCCUCCGUCUCUCUCCUGACCUUCAUGGCUGCCAGCACCGGCUCCGCCCAGGUCUUCAUCUGGUUCCAGAACCUCACCACCGUCGCAUCCCUCUUCAACUGGGUCAGCGUGCUGGUCGCCUACAUCCGCUUCCACGCCGCCCUCAAGGCCCAGGGCGUCGACCGCAACACCCUCCUCCUCAAGUCUCCCUUCCAGCCCUACCUCGCCUGGGUCGCUCUCGUCUUCUUCUCCAUCAUCAUCUUCUUCAACGGCUUCGACACCUUCAAGCCAUUCCGCUUCCAGUCCUUCUUCACCGCCUACAUCGGUAUCGCCCUCUACUUCGCUCUCCUCAUCUUCUGGAAGGUCUUCAAGCGUACCCGAUGGAUCCCAUCCGAAGAGGCCGACAUCUUCACCGGCAAGGCAGCCAUGGACGCUGUCGAGUGGCCAGAGCAGAUCCCUCGAAACGUUUUCGAGAAGGUAUGGUUCUGGAUCGCAUAG